GAUGUCAGUCUCGUGCCCCAAAUAACUUCCUCCCAGGGACACUUCCGCCGCGGACGCACGUCCCGGAGCCCGGCGGGCGCACCCAGGGCAGGAACCGGACAGCCACCCUGCCAGUCACUAUGCCGCCUUCCCAGAAGUGCUCUUGUCACGCCCAGAAGAUGCACCUCCAGACUUGGGGGAUGGGGGGAUCCUAUGCCCUGAGCCAAUCCGCAGAUGGGUGUGCUGGUCCAGGAGCGUGGGUGGGGGGCGCAGGGGCUCAGUCGAGGUCCCCCUUUCUUAGUUGAACUAGCAACCUGACCUUGGUCUUUCAACGUCAAUGUUUAUUACCCAACAGUGUAAACCCCAACCACCUUAUAAACCCAACCACCUUAUAAACCCCAACCACCUUAGGUCACUGAUGUCAGAUAAAAAGUAGGUGCUCAACAGAUAUCAAACGAAUGAAUGAAUGAAAUGGAAGGCCUCUGGAUGGAGUAGACUUUGCCAGCAUAAGUGGGCCCUACGGUCACUUGAGGGGGCAGCUAAUAGUGGGGCCUUUUGGUCAGCUUGUGUAGGAGAGGGAUAUCUUGCUACCAGAAUCCUGAAGUGGCCAGAGUAAGGGGUCUGGCCCCUGGGGUUCAGGGCCGGGUCAUGGAGUUGGUGUUCUGGGCACCUCCUUCCUCCUGAAGAGGCACUGGGCAGGCAGGGCUGACAGGUUGGGUUGCAUAGCCGAGCUGACACUCACCUCCAGCAUAAAACCUCACUUCAUGGAGCCUGCACCUCUGUAGCACUAGGGAGAGCUCCCGCCACCGCUGACCAGGGCUCUACCAACCACGGAGCCAGAGAACAUGAGGCAGCCCCACAUCCCUGCCUUGCUGCUGCUGCCACUGCUGCUGAGACCUGGGACUGAAGGGGUCAGAGCUCUGAGAGCCUGCGGGCACCCAAGGAUGUUCAACCGGAUGGUUGGUGGGGAGGACGCCUUAGAAGGCGAGUGGCCCUGGCAGGUCAGCAUCCAGCGCAAUGGGACCCACUUCUGUGGGGGCAGUCUCAUCGCACCAACAUGGGUCCUCACCGCUGCACACUGCUUCUCCAACACUUCAGACAUAUCCAUAUACCAAGUCCUGCUGGGGGCUCUGCAGCUGCAGCAGCCAGGGCCACACGCCCUGUACGUCCGUGUGAAGCGGGUGGAAAGCAACCCCCAAUACCAAGGCAUGGCCUCCAGUGCUGACGUGGCUCUGGUGGAGCUGCAGGUGCCUGUGACUUUCACCAAUUACAUCCUUCCUGUGUGUCUGCCGGACCCCUCCAUCGUCUUUGAGCCGGGCAUGAAGUGCUGGGUCACUGGCUGGGGCAGCCCCAGUGAACAAGACCGACUGCCCAACCCACGGAUCCUGCAGAAACUUGCUGUGCCCAUCAUUGCUACGCCCAGGUGCAACCUGCUGUACAGCAGAGAUGCGGAGUCUGACUUCCAGCUCAAAACCAUCAAGGAUGACAUGCUGUGCGCAGGCUUUGCAGAGGGCAAGAAGGACGCCUGUAAGGGUGACUCUGGAGGCCCCUUGGUGUGCUUUGUGGACCAGUCAUGGGUGCAGGCUGGGGUGAUCAGCUGGGGAGAAGGCUGUGCCCGCCGGAACCGCCCAGGUGUCUACAUCCGUGUCACUUCCCAUCACAAAUGGAUCCACCAAAUCAUUCCAGAACUGAAGUUUCAGGGCAGGGCCAGCAGCCAGCAGCAACGAAGAGACCCUCGAGGUUGGCAGCACUUGGGGAACUCUGCCUCCUGCCUGGCUGCCCACGCAGUCAUGCUGACCCUGGUAGUUAUGCUCAGCAUCCUCUGAGCUUGCCCAGGACUGGCAGGUGGUGCCCUCCCCACUGGACAUUUGUAAAUACCCCCCCCCAUCUAAUAUGUUAGCUACUUUUAUUUAUGCUCACUUCCAGAAAAAAAAGUGUCACGGCCCAUCUGGGUAUCCCUGCAUGGCACUAGGGGCCGACAAGCUCUGAACUGGGAAGUUUUAGAGGAGACCCCGGCAGGCACACCCAGGCUACAACGUUCCUGACCCAGUGUCCCUGUUUCCACCCCAUGACUGCUCACCAUCCUAAAUACCAAUGGUUUUCCUGUUCCUGCACUGUGGACAGUUGACAGACACUGGUGGGAAGCAGGUCACAAGAUGCCAAGCGCUUCAGUAGGAACCAUGCGGAUGAUGGAGGGACAUAAUGGGGGCACAGCCUCCUUCCCCAAUCCCACUUCUCUAUCACCAUCACACAAAUCUAAGGGCCACCUAGGACCUGUGCAUUCUCGUAACACUCAAGAACAACCUUUACUUCAUGUUCUUCCUUGAUCUCUGAGAAUCCUCUUCUACUGGUCCAUCCAUGUGCUCACACGGGCAAGCAUGUUUCAGGUGGAGCAGGCACUGUUAUGGACUGGAUGGGUAACCCUCAGGUGUGACAAUGUGUACCUGUUGUCCCAACACUGGGGAGGCAGAGGCAUGGGGAGUUCUAUGAACUUGAGGCCAGCCAAGGCUACAUUGUGAGGUCCUGUCUCAGAGAAGAAAAUAAAACACGGAAUGGAU